AGUCUUCAUUCAGUUUUGUGCCUUGUGAGGGAUUUACAUUUUUAAUCGCUAUUUUUUUAUUUUUUAUUUUUAUUUUAUUUUUGUACAAAAGAAACAUCUUGCUACUGUCUGUCACUGUCUCUGGGGAACCAGCCAGCACCACUCCGAACGUAACUGAACCAAGAGAGAGGAGAGCGAGGCAGGAGCCCAGUCAGUACCUGCAGAGCAGAGUCCGGGCACCGGGGAGACCUUGGAACCCGCACACGUCUCGGGAGGCCGCGGGGCUGCGGCUCCGACAAACUUUGGGGUGGGCAGGGGCGCCAAGGGGCUUCGUAGACUGAGGGCAGCCCCCCCCAACCAUGAUGUUUCGCGACCAGGUCGGGGUGCUGGCGGGCUGGUUUAAGGGCUGGAACGAAUGCGAGCAGACUGUUGCGCUGCUGUCGCUGCUCAAGCGGGUGAGCCAGACCCAGGCCCGCUUCCUUCAGCUCUGCUUGGAGCACUCGCUGGCCGACUGCGCCGAGCUGCACGUCCUGGAAGGAGAGGCCAACAGCCCUGGAAUCAUUAACCAAUGGCAACAGGAAUCCAAGGAUAAAGUGAUUUCCCUUCUGUUAACUCACCUGCCUUUGCUGAAGCCAGGAAACCUCGACGCAAAGGUAGAGUAUAUGAAACUGCUGCCCAAGAUCCUGGCGCACUCUAUAGAGCACAGCCAGCACAUCGAGGAGAGCAGGCAGCUGCUGUCCUAUGCUUUGAUCCACCCCGCCACUUCCCUGGAAGACCGCAGUGCCCUAGCCAUGUGGCUGAACCACCUGGAGACCCGCACGUCCUCCGGCUUCGGUGGCCCGAACCGAGCCCGCUCGGACUCUGCAGAUCAUGGACAGACGCACUACUAUCACCAAAGACAGGACUCUGAGGACAAGCUCAAUGGGUGGCAGAACUCUCGGGAUUCUGGGAUUUGCAUCAGCGCCUCCAACUGGCAGGACAAAAGCCUGGCGUGUGAGAAUGGCCAUGCCCCCCUCUACUCGGCCUCAUCCGUCCCCACCACCAUCAACACCAUCGGAACCAGCACAAGUACCAUUCUCUCAGGCCAGGCACACCACAGCCCUUUGAAACGAUCUGUAUCCCUUACCCCACCCAUGAAUGUGCCAAACCAGCCUCUAGGACAUGGAUGGAUGUCUCAUGAGGACUUACGAGCUAAAGGACCCCAGUGCCUCCCAUCCGAUCAUGCCCCCCUGUCUCCACAAAGCAGUGUAGCCUCUUCAGGCAGUGGUGGGAGCGAACACUUAGAAGAUCAGACCACUGCUCGUAACACAUUCCAGGAAGAAGGUAGUGGUAUGAAAGAUGUUCCAGCUUGGCUAAAGAGCCUUCGCCUGCACAAAUACGCUGCGCUGUUCUCACAGAUGACUUAUGAGGAAAUGAUGUCCCUCACUGAGUGUCAGCUGGAGGCUCAGAAUGUUACCAAAGGCGCAAGACACAAAAUUGUCAUCAGUAUUCAGAAGCUCAAAGAGAGGCAGAACCUGCUGAAGUCUCUGGAAAGGGACAUCAUCGAAGGGGGCAGCCUGCGCAUGCCCCUCCAGGAGCUGCAUCAGAUGAUCCUGACGCCCAUCAAGGCCUACAGCAAUCCCAGCACCAGCCCUGAGGUGCGCCGCCACGAGCCCUCGCUGAUGGGCCCUGAGAGCUCCAGUCCCGACUGCAAAGACAGUGCUACAGCGGCCACCAGCGCCACAGCCAGUGCCUCAGCGGGCGCCAGUGGUGGGCUGCAACCACCCCAGCUGAGCAGCUGCGACGGGGAGCUGGCUGUCGCCCCUCUGCCCGAGGGGGACCUCCCUGGGCAGUUCACCCGCGUCAUGGGGAAAGUGUGCACACAGCUCUUGGUCUCCAGACCCGAUGAGGAAAAUAUAAGUUCCUAUCUCCAGCUCCUAGACAAGUGUCUUGUUCACGAGGCAUUUACAGAGACACAGAAAAAAAGAUUGUUGUCAUGGAAACAGCAGGUGCAGAAGCUCUUCCGGUCUUUCCCUCGGAAAACCCUUCUAGACAUAUCAGGAUAUCGACAGCAAAGAAAUCGUGGCUUUGGGCAGUCCAACUCCCUCCCGACAGCCAGCUCUGUGGGCGGCAGCAUAGGUAGACGGAACCCACGACAGUACCAGAUCGCCUCUCGGAAUGUCCCUUCUGCCCGCCUUGGUCUCCUGGGCACCGGCGGGUUUGUCAGCUCCAACCAGCGCCACACUGCCACUGCCGCCAACCCCACCAUCAUGAAACAAGGAAGACAGAACCUCUGGUUUGCCAACCCUGGGGGCAGCAAUAGCAUGCCCAGCCGCACCCACAGCUCCGUCCAGAAGACCCGCUCGCUGCCCGUGCACACUUCCCCACAAAACAUGCUGCUGUUCCAGCCGUCAGAAUUCCAGCUUCCCGUGACUGAACCCGACAUUAACAACCGGCUGGAGUCCCUGUGCCUCAGUAUGACGGAGCACGCCCUGGGAGAUGGGGUUGACCGGACCUCCACAAUCUAGAAAGCAAAGAUGAGAGUGACCGCGCUGGCCGUGAAAUCGACUGCUGCGGGCCCAGUGUCAACCAUCUUCAGGGUUGCGUAGAAUCUUCCAAGAGACUUUGCAGCCUUUUUUCCCCUGGUCCCUCGCCCAUUUUGAUUUUGUGAGAGCGUAGGUCAUCCUUGUAAACAUAUCAGUAGACCUGGGGUUGGUUAUGUUGUCAUAUGUUUCUGUCAUGGGAUAGGAUGGUAUGCAGGGUGGGGAGGGGACU